AUGUCUUCCCAACAAGUCACUCUAGUGUUCAAUGCAAUAUUAGACAUUCAAAACCAUGAAUCUCUCGAUGAGGGCCAGCUACUGCCAGCCUUACUCCAGCGACCUCUUACUGACAGAGAUCUCAUUCACUCAUUUGCGCAGGUUCUCUUGAGUGCAUGCAACAGAACGCAUACAGACAGGCGUAACAGUCAUAGCAAGCUUCCUGAAUCACUUUCAGAUCAAGAUAGCGCUGUCGAUGAAAAGCGCAACACCAAGAAAGCCAGAGUCCAAACAGAAGUUCGAGUGAUGCCUCAGCUAGCAACUCCCGAUCCCGAACCAGAGUUACAGUCAAGCAUGGUAUCGCCUUCGAACAUGAACUCAUCAAGCGACCAGAGGGAUCAUGAUGGGGAACAUACUGCAGAGUCCGAUCUCUCCCCUCGGGAUCCCGAUAUCAUUGCUCAGAGUAUCGAUGACUUCAUCCAGGAAAGCCAAGAUGAGAUAUCAUACUUUAGCUCAGCAGAGAACUCUGAGAGAACAUAUCAGAUUCUUUCGGCUCUUAUCGACGGUGAUGCCGUUCUUGGUGAUGAACCGCAAGAAGAAGCCCGCUGGACUGAUGGUGCAGAGUGGUUAUCUUUGCUGGAGUCGGGGCGAAAAGACCGAAAGAAAGGAACGAUUUGUUAUGCAAUUACGGCUGUAGCAUUUGCCAGAUGGCAUGCGACACAGGUGCGACUUCUUGGGGACGAGGUCACAAGUCAACAAGCGUCUCAGCAGGUAUCGGCAAGGAUCCUCGACUCACAUACCGAUGGCGAUACGAAGAGAAGGGAGAAGCAACGCAAGAAGCUCAACACGCAUCUUGCGCGAGGGAGGAAGUGGCUGCGGUUGGUGGAUGCAUUGGGCAGGACAAACACCGACACGUUUUGCAAUGGUCUUAAGAUGCAAGAGCUAGCUUCUCCUCAAGCAACUUUCACUACUAGUUUCACGCAACUUCAAGAGAUUCAAACCUCUAUCACUGGUAGCGAACUUGUCGUCAAAAGUACGGAGUAUAGGUUUCCUAUAACCUCAUUACACUUACUUGACGGAAGCCAGUGGAUCAACCAAGAUAUCAUUUUGGCUUGCCUGCAUUUAGCAGAUCGACUCCCUUUUAUCCGAGUUAGCAGCUUCCAUGUUGCACUAUCAGACCAGUUGAAAGACCCCCUGCAAAUGACGCGGAAGACGGUUCGACAAUGGCGCCAAGAGAUAAAGAAGGAGGAACAUUUAGUCUCCUUUUUCCCUCUUAACCAUGGGGGUUCGCAUUGGAGUCUUCUGGAGAUUGAUGAUAGAGAACAACGCAUAACUCUUUAUAAUGGGUCAGAAGACUACAUAAAGGAUGCAUGUAAGAAAGCAUUCCCUAAUCAUAAAUUUGUUUAUGGUAGGAGGAAACAACUCCCCAAAAAGAUGGGUAUAACUGUGGUCCACUGGUUAUCCAUUAUGCAAGGCGUCGGAUGCUAG